CCUCUCAACCCUUGUCACUGACCGAUACUUCUAUUACGCUUGUCUCUUCUCUACCUCCCAGAACCCCACCCUUUCUCCUCCUGUAUUUGUGGAUCUAACGCAACCAAGUUUUUAGCUAUGGCUGUUACCAUCGUCUCCGUCAAGGCUAGACAGAUCUUCGACAGCCGUGGUAAUCCAACGGUCGAGGCUGAUGUGAAAUUGUCUGACAAUCACUUGGCAAGAGCUGCCGUUCCCAGUGGUGCAUCCACUGGUGUUUAUGAGGCUCUCGAGCUAAGAGAUGGAGGAUCAGACUACCUUGGAAAGGGUGUUUCGAAGGCUGUUGAAAAUGUUAACACAAUUAUUGGCCCUGCAUUGGUUGGCAAGGACCCUGCUGAUCAGGUUGCUAUUGAUAACUUAAUGGUUCAACAACUUGAUGGGACUGUAAAUGAGUGGGGUUGGUGCAAACAGAAGCUUGGAGCAAAUGCUAUAUUGGCAGUGUCUCUUGCAGUUUGCAAGGCUGGGGCUCAUGUCAAAGGGAUUCCCCUUUACAAGCACAUUGCUAACCUCGCUGGUAACAAGAAAUUGGUGUUGCCAGUUCCUGCUUUCAAUGUCAUCAAUGGUGGAUCUCAUGCCGGGAACAAACUUGCUAUGCAGGAGUUCAUGAUUCUUCCUGUAGGAGCUGCUUCAUUCAAAGAGGCCAUGAAGAUGGGUGCUGAAGUAUACCAUCAUUUGAAGUCUGUGAUAAAAAAGAAGUACGGUCAGGAUGCAACAAAUGUUGGUGAUGAAGGUGGUUUUGCUCCUAACAUUCAGGAAAAUAAGGAAGGACUUGAGUUGCUCAAGACUGCCAUCGAUAAAGCUGGGUACACAGGGAAAGUGGUUAUUGGAAUGGAUGUUGCUGCUUCUGAAUUUUAUGGCUCAGAUAAAACAUAUGAUUUGAACUUCAAAGAAGAGAACAAUAACGGUUCACAAAAGAUCUCAGGUGAAGCUCUCAAGGACCUCUACAAGUCAUUUGUAUCCGAUUAUCCUAUUGUAUCAAUUGAAGAUCCAUUUGACCAAGAUGACUGGGAGCACUAUGCAAAGCUAACUGGUGAAAUUGGAGCCAAAGUACAAAUUGUAGGGGAUGAUCUCUUAGUCACCAAUCCAAAGAGGGUUGAGAAGGCUAUCAAAGAGAAAGCUUGCAAUGCUCUCCUUCUCAAGGUUAAUCAGAUUGGAUCUGUCACUGAGAGCAUUGAAGCUGUGAAGAUGUCCAAGAAAGCUGGAUGGGGUGUUAUGGCUAGCCACCGCAGUGGUGAAACAGAGGACACUUUCAUUGCUGAUUUGUCUGUGGGUUUGGCCACGGGUCAAAUAAAGACAGGAGCUCCUUGCCGGUCUGAGCGCCUUGCGAAAUAUAAUCAGCUUCUUCGAAUUGAGGAAGAGCUUGGUGCUGAAGCAGUUUAUGCUGGAGCUAACUUCCGUGCACCUGUUGAACCCUACUAGAAUCUGAAAGGGUGCCAGCUGAGUCUUAGCAGUGGAAGGUUACAUGAAGUGAAUAAGUUUAAUUUAAACCCUUUUUUUCCAAUAAUUUUCUAUGAAGUUUUGUUCAGAGGUUGGAACAGUGUUAUAGGGCAGUUUUUUCGAAUUUUGGAAUAUGUUUAGAUUUGAGUUUAUAGCUCUUCUCUAGUCGGGAAAUGGUGCGUUGCACGCACAUUGUAAUCCUAGGUGAUGGUUUUGCUUUGCAUAUUAAAAUGGUUUGCCGACUUCCACCCA